AGGCAUACAGUUCUCUGGGCGGGCCGCCUAAUCGGGCUUUGGCGGUUGCUUCGGGGCCGCUACGCCCCAAACGAACAGCGCAUCCCGGCUUCUGUUGCCCCCGAAACCCGACAACUUGCCAGAAGUGGACAGAGCCCAGACCCGGGGGUAUUUGCACACCUGGUCACGAUGGUCCCGGUUGAAAGUGCCUACUCCGGGAAAGUGGUACCGACCAAUCGGUCAACCCUCCUCACGCCAAAAGAGGCGCCAGUUCGCUCUCGAACGGCAGAAGGGAGACUGCCAUGA